GUAUUUAUUCCGUGCAAACAAGUUCCAUUUAGAAUUGGUGUGAAGCCAAAUCGGUUUUCUUGAGCUAGUAAACAUUUUCUGGCGCAAAUAUGUCCAACCGUACGUUUAAUCUACUGUGGACCAGUUCCCAGAAGGACCUGGAAAAACUUGCGGUCAACGAUUUUGAGUACCAGGCCAUCGAGGCGCAGCACGAUCGUACCGAAGUCCAAGGCCAGGUUUUUGAGUUGUACCUCCGAUAUAUUGUGAUCUCCAAUCGACUGGAAGAAAUUUAUGAUCAAAUGGUGCAACCACAGAAGCGUAUUCUGAUUCGUAAACUCUUGGAUAAUUGUCUUGGACGAGUGCUUGAAUUAAAGCAUGAUUUAGUGAUAAUCGAUAUGAUGGAAUUUAGUUACAAUGAUGCGAUUGUGGACAAGUUGGGACUGACUCCCUUGAGUAUGGAGAUCAAUGUACCGAAGUAUUUCCGGAGAGAAAAAGAAGCAAUGCUUAACGAGAGAAGAAAGUUUGUGGAUGAUAUACUGCGAAGAAUUGGAGCAUUGGAUGAGGAAGUUAUUGAAGAGGAAUUGUCCGAGUUGGACUCAAUCAAGAUUAUUCAGACACAUGAACGAGCUCGACAGGGUCGAUUGAGGGCUCAGUUCAUGAAAGAGUUGAAGCUUUUGAAGGAAAAGGGUAAACCAGACAGCAGCCGAGACAAAUCCACUACGGGGUUGAAUGCGGCCAUGAAAAUUCAAAAGGUUUGGAGAGGUUAUGCGACUAGAAGACAAACCAGACGUAGAAAGAUGGAGGAAAUGGUCCUGAUCGGAAUGAUACCGCCCCAGGUCAAUACAACGCGCACAACGAAGGACGAGCUGGAAGAAAGAAAACUGUCACGAUAUAUUCAACAGAAAGAGUUUCAAGAGGAAUAUGAACAAUCGCUGAUUCGUGUGAAGGACGAAAUUUACUGCAAGCAGGGGGCUGCAAUGAAAGAGGACAUCGCAGAUGAGAUUCGUACGUGGUUUAAAGAGUAUCAAAAGCGUACCGGGCGCUUGCCAGAUUUCCCUUCGGAAGAAGCCGGUGGAUCCCGCCAUCUGUUGAGUCGGCAGGCCACAGAAAGUGAGAUGAGCCGGUCAUCCGUGAUGUCCUCACGCGAGAGUAAAUUAAAGUCCGCCAAAGAUGCGAAAGUACAGCAAAAAAGACCUGGGGAGGUUUCGCUCGAGGAAGGAUUGGAUAGAGCAUUUAAACCGAUGCAAUCCGCAUUUCUUCCUGAGAUAAAAACUGCCAUUGAUGAGUACACUGAAAUCUGGAAAGGUAAAGACGAGUCGCAUAACUUAAGACAGACCUAUUACGAUGACAUGAUCUUCGAGGAAAAAUAUACGGAUGUCGAGACCGAACUGCGACGAAUUGUGGAUGACAUAAUGAGACAGGAGCUGGAUCUCCUGCAGAUUGCACUGGAUAGAGAUAGAGCCCAGAAGGGAAAGAAAACUAAGAAGGGCAGUAAGAAGGCACGUCGAAGUGGCAAGAAGGGUAAGAAGAAACGAGAGAAAGAUUUGACCCCAGAUCGCACCACGGAGUCUCUGUUUGAGGAGUUGCUUACGAACGGUAUAAUUAAAAAGUUUCCUGACACACCCAUUAACUCCUUCGUGGGGGAUUUAAGUUACGCUGCUAGAAGCGCAUUGAAUCCUUCACCAGGAGAUGUUCGUCAUCUCAUCAAACAAUACUGCAUCCUUCCACUGGGUUCUGAGACUAUCCGCAAUUUCGGGCCGUGUAUUAAGUCGCUGUUGAUAGCCGGUCCGAAGGGUUCGGGAAAAACAUCUCUAGUUCAUGCAAUCUGUACGGAGACAGGUUCGGUUUUGUUCGAUAUCAGUCCAGCUAAUGUUGCUGGGAAAUAUCCUGGAAAGUCGGGACUACUUAUGUUGAUGCAUCUGAUAUCGAAGGUUUCAAGACUCCUGCAGCCAUCAGUGAUUUAUUUCGGGGACGCCGAAAAACCUUUUGUAAAGAAGGUACCCAAAACGGACCGUACUGACCCCAAACGGUUGAAGAAAGAUCUACCCAAACUGGUAAAAAACAUCAAUCCAGAAGACCGUAUCAUGCUGAUUGGAACGUCUAAUUGUCCAUGGGAAGGUGACAUGAAGUUGAUGGUCCAAACAUAUCAGCGCUUCAUUUAUAUACCACGACCGGACUACGGAGCUCUUUCGUUUGCCUGGAAGGAAAUGUUGAGCCAUUACAGCGGCGUUCCCCGUCAGUUCGAUACUGGUGCGAUGGCCAAAAUUUCCGAUGGUUACACAGUCGGCUCCGUUGCGAAGUGCAUCCGGGAGGUAAUCACGUGUAAACGGAUGUUACAGCUUAGAACUAAGCCCCUGACUCACUUGGAGCUAAUCAAUGCGUUGAGCGCACUUGAACCUGUUUAUAAAGAGGAAGAGGAAGCAUUCAUGUACUGGUGGUGUAAGACACCGUUGGGCAGACGUCGCUCGAAGCAGAUGGAGAUGGAGCACGAGGCUCGGAUGGAGAUCGAAAACGUUAACAAACAGAAGAAAAAAUAAUUGUUUUAGGGACUUUUGCGCGUAUUUCUGUGACACAAAAAGUUCACAAUUUUUAUCUGUGUGUGUUCAAUAAAGCUUUAGAAUUAUAUUUUCUGUUACUUAUAUACGACUAAGAAUUCCAAUGACGAAAAACGUUCAUGAAGCACUCAUAUUUGUUUUCUUGU